GUUCUUGCUGUGAAUAGUUUGGUUGUUGUUUUGAAUCUGUCAUUGUUUGGAUUAUGUGUCAAGAUGAGUUUAUUCCUCUCGAUUCUUGUUGAAAAAAGUGGGUGUCUUUGUUCAAUGUACUUUGGAGUACUAUUAAUGUUUUGGUUUUGGUUUUUGGUGUAUAUACAAUGUUUGCGGCUAUUCCCUUUUGUUAUAACUAGUAACAAAUGGUUGUUAAUGAUUUGAAUUGCCCUUUGUUAUGACUUGUUAGUCAUUCUUUCCGAGGUGGAAAACAUGUGAAUAACGCAGCUAGAAAAUUCUGCUCUUCUGGCUUCUGGCGUUUGAAAUUCAAGUGUCACCAAUCAUUUUCUGAGAUUCCCUAACCAGAGCUGCUGUUUGUUCAAGAAGAGGCUGUGCUCAUUGCUCAGAAAGAGUUUUUGCUUCAAGAAAUCGACACAGUUGUGUAGAUGUCUGUGGCUUUUACUAACCUCUCGUGGUGGUUGUGGAGUGGGAAGCAUCAAGAGCCAAGAAUCUCAAAUGGAUCUUCUAUAAAUUCUUCUGCUGAUUCGAAUCUGUGGGAAUCAGAUGUUUUGAGGUUUCCUUUGGUUCAGACGAAUAUGGGGUCCUCAUCGAGAAAGGUGAAGCGUAAAUGGCACAGUAGGGAAGAGAGGAAGGUGGAUAGGGAAUAUGAUGUUGUUCUGGUUCCAUCUGAUGGUGGAUGUGUUUCUGGUUCUGAAUCUGAUGAUUCUGACUGGUCAAUUGGCUGGUUAGAGCCUCAUGGACCUGGUUUCCCAAGUGAUGAUGAAACAGAUAACAGUUUUGCUGUGCUGGUUCCCUGUUAUGGACGAGAUUAUGGGAGAAUAGUGGAGGAUCCAAAAAGCAAUUUGCUGAGGGGUGUUGGGAAUUUUCCAGAUAGUUAUUCAGAUCAGAGCAAAAAAUAUGUGGAAGACUGGCUCUCUUCUCUUAGAAAUACCUGAUGCACAACCAUUCAUCAUUGUGAUCCCUACACUUCCUCAGAAAAUUCCUCUUUGGUGGUCCAUAGCCAAUAAAUGAUUGUAUAAUGUAAAUAUUGUAAAAAGAAAAAAAAAAAAAGGCAUUGAUGUUAUGUCAGAAUAUGAUUGGUUAACAUUGAGUCUUUGUUAAUUGAAAUAUAAGAAGAGGAGGAGACGGUGAAGAGUGAAGUAGUUGUGAAUGUGAUGCUUUGGCACUGAGAAUGAUGUGCAACUGCUGCUGUUCUGCUUUCUUCCUUGGAGAGUCCAAAAAUUAUGACUGAAUUUAGAGGUUUAUUCAUGUGUUACUUUGGAACUUCCAAUUCGUUUAUGUAAAUAUGGUGUAAUUGGUUGAAUGCUUCAUCGUGUACUCAAAUUUGUACAUAGCUGUAUAUAAAUUUUGUAUAACAUGAUGUGUGUGUGUAUGGAGUUUGGAUGUAUAAAUUACCACAAUUUUGUGUAAA